AUGGAGGAGAAGGUGAAUGAGACCCUCCAAAUCCUGCGUGAUGAAGGAGACUCAUUUGCUCAGAGGGCAGAAAUGUACUACAAGAAGAGGCCAGAGUUAGUAAGCUUUGCGGAAGAAACCUUUAGAGCAUACAGAUCCUUAGCAGAGAGAUAUGAUCAUUUGUCAAGGGAACUCCAAAGUGCCAACCGCACUAUUGCUAGUGUCUUCCCAGAUCAAGUUCCAUGCCAAAUUGAAGAAUAUGAUGAAGAAGAAAGUGAGUCAGGAACUAAUUCAUCAUUUCAAGACCCCAACAAUCAAACACAUAAUAAAGCAACCAUUCCGAAAGUGCCCAAGACUCCAAAGAAGGAUUUUAGAAGCCAUUCCAUGUUGCUAUCUAGAAAGAGUCAACUUAGGAGGACUACUAGUUCAGCAAAAUAUAUUCCAACUACUCCAACUUCAGGCCUUACAAAAGCUGAAGCAUUAUCAGAAAUUGACAAGCUUCAGAAAGACAUUUUGGCACUACAAACUGAGAAAGAGUUUGUGAGAAGUUUGUAUGAACGUUCCUAUGAGAAGUACUGGGAAAUUGAGGACCAGAUCACAGCAAUGCAGAAAAAGGUUUGCACCUUGCAAGAUGAGUUUGGUGUUGGUACAGUGAUAGAAGAUAAUGAUGCUAGAGCUUUGAUGGCAGCCACAGCUCUAAAAUCAUGCCAAGAGACCCUUGCUAAGUUGCAAAAGAUACAAGCACAAUCAUCUAAAGAAGCUAAAGUGGAGUAUGAAAGGGUUAAGGAAGCUCAUGAGAUGUUUGAGACCCUUAGAGACCAAUUCAUUUCUAAAUACACAAGUCAACAAGACCAAUAUGAUGGGGACAAGUGUAAGAGUGUAGUGACAGAACACAAAUGCAUUGACGAAGAUAUGGUUUGCAUGGAACAAGAGGAGCAUGAUGUGGUACAGUUGAGAGAGAAAAUUAAGAAAAAGUUGGAGGAAGAUUCAGGUAACUCACUCACUGUGACUGAAAUGGCUGAGUGCAUUGAUGAGCUUGUAAAUAAGGUUGUUACCUUGGAAACUGCUGUUUCAUCUCAGACUGGUUUGGUAAAGAGACUAAGAUCAGAAACAGAUGAACUUCAGACAAAUAUGAAGAAGUUGGAAGAGGACAAGGAAAUGCUCAUAGAAGGUUCGGAAGUUACCAAUAAGAAGCUAAAAGACUUGGAGGAGGAGUUGCAGAGAGUUAAACUGCUAAACAGAAGUGUCAAAACUCAAGACAACAGCCUCCAAACACACUUCACUGAAGCUAGUUGUAACAUUGAGCACCUUUCUGGAAAAUUGAAUGACAUGAAGCUAGAUGUGGAAGAUGAGAACUUAGUACUUUACAAGAAGAAGAAAGGGAACAAGUCAGAAAAACAUGGUGAUGAAUUGUCUGUUGAUAACUCAGAAGUCAUGAAGGGUGUUAAGACAAUAAGGGAAGAUGAUGAUGCUAACAAGAAGUCCAGUUUGAGAACUAUUACUUUUAUGAAUGAGGGGAUUCAAAAGCUGGUUCAUCAGGAUAAGGAUGAUUUGUCUGACACAGUGAGCAAUGUUGACAUCGAAUCACAGGAUUUAGACCAUGGUGAGGAAGAACAACCUAACUGGAGGCAGAUGUUUAUAAGUGGAUUAGAUGACAGAGAAAAGAUUCUGUUGGAGGAAUACACAUCAGUUUUAAGGAACUAUAAGGAUGUCAGGGUGAAGCUCAACGAUGUUGAAAAGAAAAAUCGGGACAGCAUUUUUGAGUUGACACUUCAGCUAAGGGAGGUGAAGAAUGCUCUUGCCACAAGGGAUAAAGAGAUACAGUUUUUACACCAUAAGAUGAACUGUCCAGACACAAACCCUGAUGAAAGUCCCUACACUAUGACAACAGAAUACAAAUACACACCCCGCGAAGCGCUUCUCGUUCAGGACUCAGACAAUUCACCUUUGAAUUUAGACGGCAAUGCAGCCAGAACUCCUUUUGCAGAACAAGGUGACACAGGAAAUAUUCCCUUAUCACCUGUGAACAUAACACUAGAAAAGCUCAUGGAAAAUCAAGAUAACAAGCGCCAAGACCUCUCAAACUUGGAGAAGAAAUUCCGCUCAGACAUUGAUGACUUGCUAGAGGAGAAUCUAGAGUUCUGGUUGAGGUUCAGCACCUCAGUUCAUCAGAUUCAAAAGUUCCAAAACUCCAUUCAGGACUUAAAAGCUGAACUAAGAAGCAUAAGGGAACACAACAACAAAAGGGGUGAAGGGCAUUCACAUUCUAGACACCAACCUAUACAAUCUCAACUUAGGCCAAUAUUUAGACACCUGAGAGAAAUAAGAACUGAGUUAUCACUUUGGCUUGAGCACAAUGCAGUUUUGCAAGAUGAAUUGCAUGGAAGGUAUUCAUCAUUGUGUAACAUUCAAGAUGAGAUAGCAAGGACUGCGAGUGCAGAUUCUGGUGCUGAUAAGGGAGAGCUAAUCAGUAAGUAUAGAGCUGCCAAGUUCCAGGGAGAGAUUCUCAAUAUGAAACAGGAGAAUAGCAAGAUUGCAAGUGAGUUGCAAGCUGGCCUUAGCCUUGUGAAGGGAUUGAAAAAUGAUGUUGAAAAGACACUCGAUGAGCUAAAUGAAGCUAUUGAGAUUAACGGUAAUAAUAAUAAUAAUAAUAAUAACAGUAGUAGUAGUAGUAAUGGUCGCGUGAAACACUCAUCAAGUCGUGUUCGAAUACCCUUGAGGUCUUUCUUGUUUGGAGUCAAGUUGAAGAAGCAACGACACCAAUCUCCUUCACUAUUUGCAUGUGUCAACCCCGCACUGCACAAACAAUACAGUGUUCAUGAUCAUGCACCCGCCCCAAUAUAG